GCCCGCCGGGUGUGAAGUACGUACGCGAGAAGAGGAGGCGGAGGGGGAAAAACCGAUGAUGUACGGGUGGUGCUGAAAUCGUGGAUAGAGCUUUCGAGGUUUGUCUUUGUCUUUUUGUUUUUUUUUUUUGCGGGAGAGAGGGAAGAGAUGAUAUCUUCGGGGAUAAACCUGGUGAUGACGGUGAUUGGGUUCGCGGUGAGCACCAUGUUCAUCGUCUUCGUCUGCACGCGGCUCAUCUGCGCUCGGAUUCAGCUCAACGCUUCCCGCCGCUCCUUCGCUCUCGCCGGCCGAUCCGAUCUUGGCAUUCUAGAGCGGGGUUUACAUGGUCUUGAACCUGUAGUGGUGUCUAACUUCCCGACAAAGAAAUACAGCGACGAGUUUUUCUCUGAGGUCGACGAUUCUCAAUGCACCGUUUGUUUGGCCGAAUACCAUCGGGAAGACAUUCUGCGUAUCCUCCCAAGUUGUGGGCAUUCCUUCCAUGCUACAUGCAUAGACAUAUGGCUUCAGCAGCAUUCCACAUGUCCGGUCUGCCGAAUAUCAUUACGAGAGUUUUCGGAGAAGAAGCGUUCAAUGCAACCUUUAUUUAGUUCAGCUCUUCGACCUCAUCGAGGCAUGGAGACCGUACGUGUGCACUCCCCUCAUUGUCCAUUGGCUGCUCACAACUUCACGUCGAGAGCCAACUACGCCCACAGGAUGGACCCUAUACGAGAGGAUCGCUUUGCAACCAUGGAGGGUAGAUCAGAACCGGGAGAGAGCAUCCACACAUUGGAUGAGCCUGGUCAGUUUUCAAAAGAUAAAGGAAAUGUGCACACAGAAAGCCAACAAUCUAAUGCAUAAGAAUCUUGGCAUGAAGAGCUAGCCGGACUCUCUCAGACCGACAGCUAUAAGAUAUAGGUUCAACCAAGAAAGGUGUAUCCUUGAAACUUCGCUGCUGCUGUCUCUCGAGGGUUUACAUUUGCUGUAAAUAUGGUGAAAAGUCUUUUUCCUAAUACUUGUUGAUCUCCCUUAGCAUUAGUUAAUUGGUGGGGCAGUUUUGUUCAGCUCAGUUGUAGAAUUGUAGUUUCUAUCAGUGGUGAACUGGUGGUUUUCUUUCCACUCAUUGGGCCCAACUUUUCUGACUUUCCUAGUUGCCUCUGAUUUACUCCACAUUCUCCAACAGCUGUAUCAUUUAGUGGGCCUUGCUCUUUACUCGACAAGAGCGCUGGAUCUUCACCUCUCUUUUGGUUGUACGAAAUCUCGAUGUUUUCCGC